CCAGAUUUUCUAUCCCGCUAGAUGGCGGUAUAGGUAUAUUGUCGCGUUCAGUCGCCCUGUCUUUGUGCAGUCGAGGAAGCCAAGAUGGCAGCCACUAUGAAGGGACCUGUUGCGGUUGAAGAUGUGAAUGUCACUUUUGAAGACCAGCAGAAGAUCAAUAAAUUCGCCAGGAACACGAGUCGGAUGACAGAGCUGAAAAGUGAAAUAGAGGCAAAGAAAAAAUCGCUGCAGAAUUUACAGGAUGCCAGUGAUGACCUAAUGAUGAUAGACGAUGACUCUCUAUUGAUCCCUUAUCAAAUUGGGGAUAUCUUUAUCAGUCACACCCAGGAAGAAACACAAGAGAUGCUGGAAGCUGCAAAGGAAGCACUGGAGCAAGAGGUCAAAAACCUCGAGGAACAGGUGUCAGCGAUACAGCAAGUGUUGGGUGAUCUGAAGGUCCAGCUUUAUGCCAAGUUUGGUAACAAUAUUAACCUGGAGGCAGAUGAAAGCUGAGCAGGGAAAUGGACAUUGACGGCUGCCCCAACAUGGACUUUUUCAUGCAGCUCUCAUAUCACAUCUACUGGACGUUUGCCAAACAAAGCGUCAACAUGAACAGCCUAGGUUUGUUUACACAGAUGAUGUAUGUGUUUAGUUUUGUCAAAAGAUAUUCACAAAGACAACAAAGGUAAAGAUCUGAAGAUUAAAUAAAUGCAAAUAAUUUCUAAUGUAUUUUAAUUGGCCCCUUAUUUAAUGUUCAUGUGUUGUUGUUUUUUUGGUUUUUUUUUUUUACUCUUGAUCUAGCUGAAGUAAAAAAUUAGGAACAAAACAGCUGUGUAGCAUUUUAACUUCUAGCAAAUUUAACACUCUUAAACAUUCUGCACAAGAACCCAUUUCAUUUGUGACCUUGCUGCAUAUUUGACUACCCUAAAGGUUUGGAUGAAAUUAACAACAGUUCUCUCUUUGAAACAACAGUGCAAUCUCCUUGGUGAAUUGGUUACUUUGAAUGAAAGCGCUCAAAAGUAUCCAACGUGCUCUACGUUGUUAAGAAUUCUGUGGUGACUUGAGUCUUCAACUCAAGUCAAAGUUGAUUAAAUUAGUACCCUCUGUCACUGA